UAUUAGCAACCUCGCUUGCAAGCUUGUAAUGCAAUCUUAAUAAAUGAGCCACUUUGGGUUUAAUGACAUCUCAAACACAUCAUCGUUAUUUGCUGGUUCGCAGUAUACAUGAGCCACUGCUUGCGCCUGCCACGGUCACCGGACAGAACCCAACGGACUGUUUUUAGCAAACAGCCGUCUUUGCAUACUGGAUUGAUCCCGCAUAGACUCACAAGCAAUGGCUGCCACAAAUGACACUCUCCCGCCUGGAGACCCGGUGCCCGAGCUGCUCGAAGGACGCCUGUGGGUUGACGGGUGCUUUGACUUCUUUCACCACGGACAUGCUGGAGCCGUGGUGCAGGCCCGCCAGCUCGGCGAUGAGCUUUACGUGGGCGUCCACUCUGACAAGGCCAUCCUCGAGAACAAAGGUCCCACUGUCAUGAACCUGAAAGAACGCCUCCUCGCCACAGACGCGUGUCGCUGGGUGACCAAAUCGAUCCCAAACGCCCCCUACGUGACCCAGCUCGACUGGAUCAGCCACUUCGGGUGCAAGUACGUGGUGCAUGGCGACGACAUCACGUCCGACAGCAGCGGCGAGGACUGCUACCGCUUCGUCAAGGCCGCCAACCGGUUCAAGGUGGUCAAGCGCACACCUAGCAUCUCGACGACAGAUCUCGUGGGCCGUAUGUUGCUGUGCACUAGGGGUCACUUUAUUAAAUCGCUUGAGAAGGUGCUUGUCGGUGAAGAAGGGCACGGGACCGAAGACGAGAGGAAGGCCAAUGGUGAGGCGAUGCGGGAGAGAAUCCGGUUGUACGCAACCGAUGAGACGGCCAAGAAACCCGGUGCGGAUGUGUGGUUCUGGAGCCCGCAGGGCGGAUUUAAGGAGCUAUUCCGUGGGAUUGGCCCGAAGCCCGGCCAGAGGGUUGUGUACGUGGAUGGCGGGUUUGAUCUCUUCUCCAGCGGCCACAUCCAGUUCCUGCGCCUGGUGACAGAAGCCGAGGAGGAGUUGGCCAGGAAGGACGGUUGGUACUCGGAGCAGGCCGUGAACGAGAGGCGAGGCAAGGGCGCCGAUUACGGGCCUUCUUUUGUUGUUGCUGGCGUCCACGACGACGAGGUCAUCAACAAGUGGAAGGGAGUCAACUACCCGAUCAUGAACAUCUUUGAACGCGGCCUGUGCGUUCUUCAAUGUCGAUAUAUCAACGCCGUCAUCUUCGGCGCCCCGUUCACCCCUACAAAACGCUAUCUUACCUCUCUACCCUGGGGCACUCCUGAUGCUGUCUACCACGGGCCAACGUCCUUUAUGCCCUCCACCGACGAUGUCUACACUGACCCCAAAGAGAUGGGCAUCUACAGGGAGAUCGGACACCACGAGUUCGAGGACGUCAACGCUGGCACGAUAGUGCAGAGGAUACUGAGGAGCAGGGACCUAUACGAGGCUCGACAAAGGGCCAAAGGGAUGAAGGCUGAUCUCGAAGCUGCCCACAAGCAGCGUGAGUUGCUCGAGGAAGAGCAGCGGAAAAAAGAGGCGGCGCGUUAGAGACGCGUGAGGCGGAUCGCCGUGAAAUUGGUGUUUCAACCAAGAGCAUGAGAGGAGUGGGCUAAAAUGGGGGGGUUCAACAGGCCGGGGGCCAGCAAAGGCGGCCGUCAUAGACAUAAACCUAGUGUAAAGAGUACUACCUAAUUCAAACAGGAAUAAUCGUUGGGCAGUCCAUCAGAUACCAUAACGCAUUCCGAGUCAUC